GUGGCUGGCCCCCACAAUGCCGACCAGUACAUAAACACCGUGGUGGUGGCCUCAUCAUACCGUCCAACCCAAUCCAACGUCCGUCCGCCGCUGAAAACACCCUUCCCAGUCCAAAGCCUUUCCCGCCACCUAAAGCACCCGAGGUCACCAUCCAUCCAAUAUCCAUGUGCGGCGGCGCCAUCAUCUACGACUACAUCCCGGCGGCGGCGCACCGCCGCCGGGCGUCCACCGCCGACUUCUGGCCCGACGCCUACAGCGCCGCCCCUGACAAAGCGCCGCGCGCGAAGCGGGGGAGGAAGAACCAGUACCGCGGCAUCCGGCAGCGGCCGUGGGGGAAGUGGGCGGCGGAGAUCCGCGACCCCGUCAAGGGCGUCCGCGUCUGGCUCGGCACCUACCCCACCGCCGAGGCCGCCGCGCGCGCCUACGACCGCGCCGCGCGCCGCAUCAGGGGCGCCAAGGCCAAGGUCAACUUCCCCAACGAGAUCCUCGCCGGCGCGCCCGCGCACCAGGCGUCGUGCACGAUGGCGGCCGCGCCGCCGCCGGCCGUGCUCCCUUCCCCCAAGAAAGAGGAGGGAGUCGAGCCCGCGGCGCCGUGCUCCUGCGAGGAGGUGAAGGCGCUGUCCGAGGAGCUGAUGGCGUACGAGAGCUACAUGAGCUUCCUCGGCGUCCCCUACAUGGAGGGCGGGGCCGCGGCCGCCGUCGGUGCCGCCGCCGAGGAGGCGCCGGCCGAGCUUUGGAGCUUCGAGGACAGCUACUACUACCCGGGGCCUCUGGGGCUCUGAUCAUCGUGCCGUGCCCGUGCUGGCCGCGGCGAACUGAGUCAAGAUUUUCCCUUGUGUUGUUCCGCUGAAUUCAUUUUUGUCAGUUUUGUAACCGGUGAAUGCCCCGAUGUGAUUUCACAAGCUUUUCAUGUAAAUAGAACGUUUCAGUCGA